AUGGACGUGAUGGAGGAGACGCCGGGCGAUACGGAAACCGUCGAACAAUUUCAAUGGACAGAGGAACUUAUCUCGGUUAUCGGGUUUUUGCAGGAGUUGGCCCACAAGCACAGCCUCGAGCCCGACCAUCUUUCGCCAGGCGAGAGAGAUCCAGGUCUGACCAUCAAGGACAUGGGCGGAAAACUCGAAACCUGGGAGAAGCUGCAUUCGAUCCUUCUCCCUUCGAUCAAGGACCAGCUCACCUUGCUUCUAAAAUCGCUCGACCUAAUCGAUCCCAAGAAGAACCCAAAGCCGGUCACCGAUCAAACAAUCGAGAUCCUAUCAAAUCUCGACAAGACUCUAGAGAGCACUGUAUCGGCCAUUGUCUCCCUCACUCGAGAAGCACCUCUACCAGACGAGAAUCGUGAUCAGGGCCUAAAGAAAGUGAAAGUCUUUCGAUGCUCCUAUCUACACGAGAAUAUCCAGCGUCUGGUCGAACGCUUGAUCUAUCACCGGCUAUUCCUCCAGCUAAUUCCGAGAUUUGUCCUAUGGUGCGCUAGGGCAAAUACUCAUAUCGAAGAUGAUUCGCUUUUGAAGGAGGGAUCGGGUUUGAGAGCAGAUAUCCAGAUGUUUAUAUUUUAUUGCAAUGGGGUAAUCGCUAGAACGAUCAACUGGGGCCAAAGCUCCGACUGGGUUAAUAUCCACCGAGCAUGGAUCGAAGCAUACCUGAGACUUGGUGAAGCCCUAGAGACAUUCACUUGGCGGACCAACCUCACAAUUCAAGGAACACCGGACGCUGAUCCUAACGAGAAUAACGAGACAAACCCCACAACAGAAUUGAUUGGCAAAGUAGUCAAGUCAGGCAUACCGCUGAUCAAACUAGCAAGGAUCUUGACCAGGAAAACUUCAGAAAACCUCUUGAAGAAACGGAUAUCAACAUUGGAUACAACCCUAGAACUCAACUCGGAGACGAUCAAGCAGUUACACGAAACCCCUGAUUCGAUGCUCCGGCUCUACUACCUGUCCAGCCUCUCAUGCUUUCCUGACCGCUCAGGUCGAGUAAUCCCAGUUGAUCAACAAAACUCCAUCCGCUCUGUAAUCCAAAGCCUUCCACAGGACAUGGAAUCCGCCUUAACCGUUCUAGAUUCGUGUCUUAUUCCCCUCCUGGCCAAAAUUAAUCAUGAUCCACCCGACGGACAAUGGUCGGCUUUCCUUCUGGACUUGAAGCAAUCGUGGGACAAGGCAAGUGAUCAUUUGAUGGAUGUUCUCUUGCCCUUUCAAGUUGAACGCACAGCUUGA